CCGAGAGACCGAGCCACCGACUCACUGACAGUCGCUUACAGAAAGGCGGAGGGUUCACGUCGCUCCUAAUCUUUGUUGCGUUACCAGUCUUCUCGCUGCUUGACUCUGCAAGCAACGAAUGGACAGGUUUUUAUACACAAUCUGGCUCACUUGGGCAGUGAGUCAGUGACCGUGGUGUGUUGCCAGAGCAGAAGGUGCGCCGCUGUGUUUGGGUGAGGAGUGAGAGGGACCCAGCUUCACCCCAAGGACCUCAGCGACCAUGGCUGCCGUAGUGGGGGAUUUCCAACGCCGUGGGAACUUUGCCUUCGUUCAUUCACGGAACUGAGUAUGAUGGACCAAGGCACUGAGGGUCAAAGUCAGCUCUAACAUUGCCAAGCUCCAUGGCGAGUGAACGUCAAGCCCUGGUUGCCCUGUGGCUGUGGCUGGCCGUCCUGACGCUGGCCACCACCCUUUCCUCUGCCUGCCCCAUCUGCUCCAAAAAUUUUCAGAGUAGUUAUUGCUUAAACACAUCUACACCUGAAGAACAGACCUACUCCUUAAAAUUAUCAAACUAUAAAAAUGCCCAAGAGAGUGCUCUGACCUACAAGUGUCACUAUUUAACCGAGCAGAUGUACCUCACUUACCACCAAGGAUGCAAUUUUUCCACAGUUCAGUAUGUGUUAUUCCAGCGAUGUCCAUUACCUAAUGUCUCAUUCAGUGACAUCUUUGCCCAACUUGGAAUACACCCAGAGAAGAUUUUAGAAAUUAAUUUUGAAAAUAUUGGUACAAGAAGAGAUUUGGAACUUGAAACCUGGCACCUGGAUGGACUUGUUAAUCUCCAGAUCUUACAAUUAAAACAUAAUUUGUUCACUUCAUUACCUCCAGACGUCUUUAAAGCAACUCCCAACCUGGAACACUUCCUUUUUUCACAAAAUGCUAUGCUUACACUUCCUGAAACUUUAUUUGCACAUACACCAAAGCUCAAGACGAUUAAUUUAUUGAAUAAUAAUUUUGAAAGUAUACCCGACAAUUUAUUUAUCAAUCUUUCUAAUUUGACUGUUUUAAGAUUGUAUGGCAAUAAUCUAAAGGAGAUCAGCCCAAAGCUCUUUGCUAAUACGCCCAUGGUAUACAAAUUAGAGUUAUCUUUUAAUGGAAUAACAAAUGUGACAUCAGAUGUUUUUAAGUAUCUUCCAAAACUGCAACAUUUAUUCAUGAAGUUUAAUGAUAUUGAAUUCUUACCACCAGACAUAUUUCAUAACUGCCCUGAACUGCAAUCUUUGCAUAUGCAUUAUAACAAACUGAAGUCCCUUCCUUCAGAGCUCUUCAGUAAGUCAAAGAACAUAAGUGAUUUUGAUUUUCAAAGAAAUGAAAUUAUGGAGAUUCCUGAAGAAUUAUUUCAUGGACAGGAGAACCUGACUAUCUUAAUGAUGCAAGAAAAUGCUCUCGAGAAUAUUCCUGAUGGAGCCUUUAAAGAUCUGACUAACCUCGAGAAACUGUUACUGCAAAACAACCCCAUCAAGAGUCUGCCACCUGGGAGCUUUGACCACCAGCGUAAAAUGAAAACACUUAAUCUAGCUAACACUAGCCUUACUGAUCUGCCAGACAAGAUUUUCAAAAACUGCGAAUCUUUAGAGGAGAUUGACCUUUCAAACAAUCAAUUGAGUGAAUUGAAGAGCACUGUCUUUCCUCACCCUGCUACAAUUCUACGCAUCCUAAAACUCAGUCAAAAUAACCUGUCUCUCACAGCCAGAACAAGUGAGCCACAAGCACAGGAGGGCGGGGAGAUCAUUGUGGAGCAGUUUCCUUUCUCAGACCAAGUCAACUUAACUUACCUUAUUCUUAGCAGCAAUAGAAUCCGCAAUAUACCUCAUGCUCUGAGAAAUCUGAAGAAGUUGAAGCAUCUGGAUUUAAAGAAUAAUAGCAUUGAAUACCUGGAUUAUUAUGGAUUUUUAUUUAGUUCUGAUACUACUGCUGAUCCAAGUGAUGCUCCUUGGAAUCCACUUGAAUUGCCACAAGCUCUUCCCACACAAGUCAUUAAAAUUGAAUUAAAAGAUAAUCCAUUGAUUUGUGACUGCAGUCUUUAUAACUUUGCACUAUGGUUGCAAGGCAAGAUCUCUGAAGGUGAUGUCCAGUUGGAUGUUGUUGAUAAUGCAUAUAUCAAGUGCUCUAUGCCAGAUGACAGGAGCGUCCAGAAAUUUGUUAUGACCUUAGACUUAAACACACUCGUCUGCAACAGAAAGGUAUGCCAUCCAUCCUGUACUUGUGUCACAAGGCCCCAUGACAACAUGUUCUUUAUGGAAUGUGUUCAGCAAAGGCUUCAGGGUAUUCCUGCACUAAAAGCAUAUCUACCACAAGGUAACUAUUCAGUCACCCUCAACUUGAAGAAUAAUUCCAUCACCAGUCUGGAAGGUCUCCAGAGACCUGAGUACUCCAAUGUGGUAAAUCUGACAAUGGCUAACAAUUACCUCAAGUUCAUCAAUGAAAGUUACUUGCCAAGAAGACUACAGGCUUUGGAUGUUAGUGGCAAUGGUCUCACUCAUUUCUCUAAAUCUCUUAUUGCCUUUUUGAAUGUCACCAAUCCCACCUUGAGCCUUAGUGGGAAUCCAUGGCUCUGUGACUGUCAGCUGGUGGACCUCUACACCUUCUUGAGGGAUCCUCUCAGAAAGAUGGCUAAUUCACAUCCCAUCAUGUGUGACAAUUCCGAGCCUCUCCUGAGCCUGACAGAGGAGCAGCUCUGCCCCACCAUCCAGCAGCCCAUGGUGGUUGUCACUAUUGCCUCCACCACUGUCUUCUUAUUUUUGUUCUUUGUUUUAGGCACUGUAAGUGUGUACAAAUAUCAACAAAACAUCAAGGUAUGGUUCUACACUCAUCAGAUGUGUCUGUGGGUCAUAGCCAAAGAAGAAGCAGAUAAGAAGAAAUAUGAUGCCUUCAUUAGCUACUCUAACAAAGAUGAAGAAUACGUCAAUAACGUGCUGGUGCCUGGCCUGGAGAGCGGAGAGCCUAAGUACCGUGUGUGCCUCCACUACCGAGACUGGGUGGCCGGAGAUUAUAUCCAGAACCAGAUUAACCAAAGCAUUGAGGACAGCCACAGGACCAUUGUUAUACUAUCUUCAAACUUCAUAGAAAAUGUUUGGGGACAGAUUGAAUUUAAAACUGCCCAUUCUAAAGCACUUAAAGAAAAAAGCAAGAACAUUAUUGUAAUUGUUUUGGGGCAGGUGCCUCCAGAGUCAGAGAUGGAUGAGGAACUCAAGCUGUACCUGUCUACCAGAACAUACCUACAAUCAGAUCAUCCCAGAUUUUGGGAGAACCUACGCUAUGCCAUGCCACACCCACAGGAAUUCUUGUACAAGAAACGAGCAAAGACCAAGAAAACUGAGGGGCUACAAAUGGUGCAAGCAAAUGGAAAAGCAGGGUCAUAACUGUUUACACAAGCAACUGUGUGGAGUAUUGCUUAGAAAAUGGCAAGUGGUGCCUAGUACAGGACUUACAGGUAUUACGAAAUCUGGUAUGACUAGUGCUUAUCAGAGGGCACCAAUAAAUGACACUGGUGUUCCAAAAAGUCUUUACCUGAAAAACAGUUCACAAACUUUCCUGUAUUGUAAAAAGUGAGUGCUCAACUCUUGUGCAAUGUAUUAUUAAUAUAAAGACAAAUAAUGUUCAAAUGAGGAUUUUACAGACCAAAACUGUAUAUAUAGUUUUGUAUAAUGCUUUAAUAAAUUUUUAUCAAUAUUUAAAAAAAA